AUGGGGUUUCACAAGUCCUCUCUGAAUGUGAAGCUUAAAGACGGCCAUAUGCUUUCGGCAUACUGCCAGCGUCCAACGGGUGAAGCAGUAUACUCGGAGCUGGAUUUGAAUGAAUUUCUAGGAGUUCGAAAAGGUGAGCAUCUCGACUCGUCCUCCUCGGGCAAACUCACUUGGAGUGGUCAUAACUUCACCCAGGCGGCAGAAAACAUCCAUCUCGAAUGGGAAGGGGAUAGCAAACCCCAGAACCCGAUUCUGCACGCCGAUGUGUACACGGAUCCUGCAGUCGGUGCCGAGAGCUCUGCCUCUUGUGUCAAUCUGGCCGAUUGUAUUAAGAAUGAAGAUGGACAUCUCCGGUUCAUGGACUGUUUCUGA